CUGUUGUGCACGCACAUAAAGAAAGUCAGUCGUUUGUGUGAAGGUAUAGUCUACCUCCAGAAAAAAAAAAAAAUGAGGGAAAUCGUGCAUCUUCAAGCCGGCCAGUGCGGAAACCAGAUUGGUGCUAAGUUUUGGGAGGUCAUCAGUGAUGAGCAUGGUAUUGACCCAACGGGUACAUACCAUGGUGACAGUGACCUGCAGCUUGACAGGAUCAAUGUCUACUACAAUGAAGCCUCGGGUGGUAAAUAUGUGCCCCGUGCUGUGCUGGUUGAUCUGGAGCCAGGCACCAUGGAUUCUGUGAGGUCUGGACCUUUUGGCCAGGUCUUCAGACCAGACAACUUUGUUUUUGGCCAGAGUGGUGCUGGCAACAACUGGGCUAAGGGUCACUACACUGAGGGUGCAGAGCUGGUGGACUCUGUCCUGGAUGUGGUGAGGAAGGAGGCAGAGAGCUGUGACUGCCUGCAAGGCUUCCAGCUCACCCACUCCCUGGGGGGUGGUACAGGCUCUGGUAUGGGAACCCUGCUCAUCAGCAAGAUCCGUGAAGAGUACCCUGACCGCAUCAUGAACACCUUCAGUGUGGUGCCUUCCCCAAAAGUAUCAGACACAGUUGUUGAGCCCUAUAAUGCCACACUAUCAGUCCACCAGCUUGUAGAAAAUACAGAUGAGACCUAUUGCAUCGACAAUGAGGCCCUAUACGACAUCUGUUUCCGUACCCUCAAACUCACAACCCCAUCAUACGGUGAUCUCAACCAUUUGGUCUCUGCCACCAUGAGUGGUGUCACCACCUGCCUCAGGUUCCCUGGACAGCUCAACGCUGACCUGCGCAAGUUGGCUGUAAACAUGGUGCCAUUCCCCCGUCUGCACUUCUUCAUGCCAGGCUUUGCUCCCCUCACAAGCAGAGGCAGCCAGCAAUACAGAUCACUCACUGUGCCAGAGCUCACCCAGCAGAUGUUCGAUGCCAAGAACAUGAUGGCUGCCUGUGACCCACGUCAUGGCCGCUACCUGACAGUGGCUGCCAUUUUCCGUGGCCGCAUGUCCAUGAAGGAGGUGGAUGAGCAGAUGCUGAACGUGCAGAACAAGAACAGCAGCUACUUCGUUGAAUGGAUCCCCAACAACGUCAAGACCGCGGUCUGCGACAUUCCUCCCCGUGGCCUCAAGAUGGCUGCCACCUUCAUUGGCAACAGCACAGCCAUCCAGGAGCUGUUCAAGCGCAUUUCUGAGCAGUUCACAGCUAUGUUUAGGCGCAAAGCUUUCCUCCACUGGUACACUGGUGAGGGUAUGGAUGAGAUGGAGUUCACUGAGGCAGAAAGCAACAUGAACGACCUGGUAUCUGAGUAUCAGCAGUACCAGGAUGCCACUGCGGAGGAGGAGGGAGAGUUUGAGGAGGAGGGUGAGGAGGAGCUGGCCUAAAUGUACCAUCUUUACAAAGAUCUGCUGUUGUAUCUUUGCAGUGAAAUGUAACGUUCCAAAUCUUUCCAGUCAGUGUUCUGUCUCCUGUUCAUGUUAAUAAAAGUACUUCUGCAUAUUUGAA